AUGCAGCGCAGCAGGCGGCUGCCGGCCAAUACAAUUGUCAAGUUUGUGCCGCAGCAGGAGGCAUGGGUGGUCGAGCGCAUGGGGCGGUUCUCGCGGAUCCUGGAGCCAGGCCUGGCGAUCCUGAUCCCAUUCCUCGAUCGCAUCUCGUACACGCAGUCACUGAAGGAGGUGGCGGUCGAGAUCCCAACGCAGAGCGCUAUUACAAUGGACAACGUGACACUGGAGCUGGACGGCGUCCUGUACUACCGCGUGGUUGACCCCUACAAGGCGUCGUACGGUGUAGCCAAUGCCGAGUUCUCGGUCAUGCAGCUGGCGCAGACGACCAUGCGCGCGGAGAUCGGCCAGAUGACUCUAGAUACGACGCUGGCCGAGCGCAAUGCGCUCAACCACAACAUUGUCCAGGCCAUCAACAGCGCUUCCGAGUCCUGGGGCAUUGCGUGCCUGCGCUACGAGAUCCGCGACAUCCACCCGCCAGCCAAAGUCGUUGAGGCCAUGCACUCGCAGGUGUCGGCCGAGCGCAGCAAGCGCGCGCAGAUCCUCGAGUCCGAGGGCUCGCGCCAGUCGGCCAUCAAUGUCGCCGAGGGCGCCAAGCAGGCGCAGAUCCUGGCGUCCGAGGCCGACAAGAUGCAGCAGAUCAACCGCGCCAUGGGAGAGGCCGAGGCCAUCCGUCAGACCGCGCUGGCUGAGGCUGUUGCCAUCGAGCGCGUUGCGCUGGCCAUCCACGGCUCUGAGGGCGGCGAGCUGGCCGCCGGCCUGCACGUUGCACAACAGUACGUCGAGGCUUUCGGCCGCAUUGCCAAAGAGGGCAACACCAUUGUCGUGCCUGCCUCGGCCAACGACGUCUCCGGCAUGGUCGCCCAGGCUAUGGCCGUCUUCUCGUCCGUGUCCGCCAACCAGAAGAAAACCGCUACCGACCCGACUGGAACCGGCACAUCUUGCGGUAACUGUCCUUUUCGCCAUGCGGGUACUUUGCCGUGCGCUUGA